CAAGGGCUGUCCUGGGCUCGGAGCUCGCGUUCUCUGAGGCUCCGGGCAGUGCUGCGUGCUGGCCGGCUGCCCUGGCGGGUCGGCGGCCAGAGGCGGGUGUCGUGCUCCAGGAAGGAGAGACCUAAGAGGAGCUGGGCCGCUGCAGAGGUGUGCGGGCCGCGAGCCAGGAGCAGAGCUGGGAGGAGUCUGGACGCGCCAGGCCCGGAGAUGGCGGGAAACUGUUCCUGGGAGACCCAUCCUGGGGGCAGGGACAAGGUGUGUCCCGACGCGAGAGAGGCGCCGGAGCCCCACAGCCGUGGCUUCCUGAGCUUCGAGCAGAUCAGCGAGCUGCCCCCGCCGGCCGUCGUGAACUACAUCUUCCUGCUGCUCUGUGUCUGUGGCCUGGUGGGCAACGGGCUGGUGCUCUGGUUCUUCGGCUUCUCCAUCAAGAGGACCCCCUUCUCCGUCUACUUCCUGCACUUGGCCGCCGCCGACGCCGGCUACCUCUGCAGCAAGGCCGUGUUCUCCGUCCUGAACGCGGGGGCCUUUCGGGGCCCGUUCGCUGACUACGUGCGCGCCGCGUGCCGGCUCCUGGGGCUCUGCACGUUCGUCGCCGGCGUGAGCCUCCUGCCCGCCAUCAGCUCGGAGCGCUGCGCCGCGGUCCUCGUCCCCGGCCGGCGCUGGCGCCGUCGGCCCCGGCGCCUGUCGGCCGUGGUGUGCGCGCUGCUCUGGAGCCUGUCGCUCCUGGUCACCGCGCUGCACAACUACUCCUGCGCGGUGCGGGGCCGCCGGGCGCCGGGCACGGCCUGCGGGCGCGCGGACGCGCUCCUGGGCCUCCUGCUCUUCCCGGUCUCCUGCCCGCUGAUGGCGCUGCCCUGCCUCGGGCUCGUCGUGCACGAGGGGUGCCGGGCCCGGCGGCGCCAGCGCCCCGCGGAGCUCAGCCGCGUCGUCCUGGCCGUGGUCUCCGUCUUCCUCGUGUCCUCCAUCUACCUGGGGAUCGACUGGUUCCUCUUCUGGGCCUUCCGGAUCCCGGCCCCCUUCCCCGAGUACGUCACCGACCUGUGCAUCUGCAUCAACAGCAGCGCCAAGCCGGCCGUCUACUUCCUGGCCGGGAGGGACAGGUCGCAGCGGCUGUGGGAGCCACUCAGGGCGGUCUUCCAGCGGGCCCUGCGGGACGGCGCCGAGCCGGGGGGCCCCGGGGGCGGCGCGCCCCGCGCCCUCACCACGGAGAUGCGGAGCCCCCCGGGGAGCGCCUCCUGAGGGGCCAGCACGCCCGGGACAGCAGCCGGCCGCGGCCCCGGUGCCCAAGUGCAAGGAGGAAGGUGGCUUCCUGCCCUCGCGCCGCCUUCCCCGAGGGCCGGAGGCUCCGGGGCCGCCGGGAGACUGGGGCGCCACCUGCCCACAGGCCCCGCGGCCCCGACGGACCCCCCCAAACAUUCUCCUCGGCGCCCAAAGGCCUAUUGUGCAGAAGUCACCGCAGGAUGGCCAGGAGAGGGAGGCGGGGGUCACCCAGGCCCGUCCCCCUCCCGCCCCUUAGCAUCAGCCCUCCUCGAAGACGACACAGCCCGCACGGUGGCCCCUGGGGUAGGAGCUGCGCCCCCCGCUAGGGCACCUGCUCCGUCCAUUCCGUCCAAUCCAAGCAAUGUUGGUGAGCUGACCUGAACGCAAUGGUGCUAUCUGGGAGAAGGUUCUGGUUAACCUGCCUUGGAGUUCAGUCUUUCUGCACACAACACCCCAGCCCCCUCCAUGAAUCCUUUGGUGACUUUAAUGGUGGGGGGGGGCGGUUCUGGUCACAGCAAGCAGCCGGCCGGGACAGAGCUCUGGCCACUGGGGGCCGGUCAUGCUGUUCUCUGACUGCAGGCGGCCAGCCCCCCGGGCCGCCUCCGGAGUGCGCGGCAGGUCUGUGCUGCCGUGUGCCCGGUCCUCGGGGCUCAGCGGCCUGUCCAGCAGCCUCUGGGCUCCAGCCCCCGCCCGGAAGGGGGCACCGGCCCCACCCGGCCACCCCAGGCCACCAGCACAGUGGCCCCGUGCAGCCAAAGCAAGUUUUACAGGAGACAACAAAUGUAUAUCAAUAAACGUUUUAUAUCGUGCACUGA